CACCCUCCUGUCUACUUGGCUGAAGGGCGGUGCUUAGUGGAGCUCCAGCAGCAGAGCAGCAGCAGGGCCUUGCCUUUGUGGGUUGUUAGAAAGAGAGAAGAUGGCUCCCGUUCUGGAGAAACAGCUCCCGGGCUCAGCCGACAACAACAACGAAGAGGAAGAAGGACAAAACCUUUGGACCUCAAUACUGAGUGACGUUUCAACUAGAUCAAAUGCAAAGUUGCCAUCAGGAAAAAACAUUCUGAUAUUUGGCGAGGAUGGCUCAGGAAAAACGGCACUUAUGGCCAAACUUCAAGGAGCUGAUCACAACAAGAGAGGGAGGGGACUGGAGUAUCUGUACUUAAAUGUCCAUGAUGAAGACAGAGAUGACCUUACUCGCUGCAAUGUGUGGAUCCUGGAUGGAGACCUAUACCACAAAGGCCUACUUAAGUUUGCCGUUUCAGCUCAGUCACUACCUGACUGUUUAGCUGUGUUUGUUGCGGAUAUGUCACGCCCCUGGACCAUUAUGGAGUCACUGCAGAAGUGGGCCAGUGUGCUACGUGACCAUGUGGACAAGCUCAAGAUCCCUCCAGAGGACAUGAGAGAAAUGGAGCAGAAUAUGGCGAAAGCGUUCCAAGAGUACACAGAACCGGAGGACGCCGCUCCAUCCUCCCCACAGAGACGGGCCCCAACAGCAGGGGAAGACGAGGCCGUUGUGCUACCACUUGGGGACAACACACUCACACACAACCUGGGCAUUCCAGUGCUAAUAGUUUGCACAAAGUGUGACGCAAUCGGCGUACUAGAGAAGGAGCACGACUACAGAGAGGAGCACUUUGAUUUCAUCCAGUCCCACAUCAGGCAAUUUUGCCUACAGUAUGGAGCUGGUCUGAUCUAUACUUCAGUCAAAGAGGAGAAGAACCUGGAUCUGCUUUACAAAUAUCUAGUGCACAAGAUGUAUGAGUUCCAGUUCACCACACCUGCCUUAGUGGUGGAGAAGGAUGCAGUGUUCAUUCCAUCUGGAUGGGAUAAUGAGAAGAAAAUUGGGAUUUUGCAUGAAAACUUAUCAACAGUCAAACCCGGGGAUCCAUUUGAAGAUUUUAUCACGAUGCCUCCAGUACGAAAGCUGGUUCACGACAAAGAGAUAAAUGCAGAGGAUGAGCAGGUAUUCCUGAUGAAGCAACAGUCUUUGUUAGCGAAGCAGCCAGCCACGCCAACAAGAGGAGCAACAGAGUCUCCGGGACGGGCAGCUUCAGGGUCUCCCAGGCCUGCGGGUCGCACCGGCACACCCAACGUGAACAGCGGCUCACCAAUGGCUGCUGUCAAAAAGCCUGACCCUAACAUGAAAGCGGGGGCAGCCAAUGAGGGAGUGCUGGCUAACUUCUUCAACAGCCUGUUGAGUAAAAAGACGGGAGCCCCAGGGAGCCCAGGAAGCCCAGGAAGUGGAGCAGUUGGAGCUGGAGUGCAAGGGUCCGCCAAGAAAACAGGGCAGAAGCCGGGUUUGACUGAUGUCCAGGCGGAGUUGGACAGGAUGACGCGCAAACAAGAAUCCAUGGUUUCAACGAACAACAUACCACCGCCGACCGAGAACGAAGCGUGAAGGCAACAAAAACAGCUGCAUCGUCCACUGCGUUAAUACUCUGGAAAUAUACAUGUACAUGUGAGCAUAAAAAAUUGACCAAAUUCCCGAUGUCUAUAUCAGUCAGCACACACAGUGGUUUUGGUGUUGUGGUGAGAUGGGAAGAGAGAGAUAACAGAGAUAGAGGUGUUAAUGGGAUGAUAGGUGCUGAUGGCUUGGCUUUAUUUCUGUCCUCUCUUCCACUGUAAAUGUUAUUUUGUGAGGGAUGUCAGUUUAUUGAAAUGAGUGCACACUCCCUGGCAGCCCGCCUGAUGCGCUGGGCUGCAGGCCCCCCAGUUUCUGGGGUAAAACACUGUCUCCUAAUGGGUUUAAAGAGUGGAAAUGUACUGGUCACAUGGCCUCUGGUUCAGCUUAUCUCAUGGAAGGAAUUUGCGAUUGGAAAGGUAUUUAAACUUUAAAUAUAUUCAUUGAAAAAAAGUAAUUAAAAUACUUGCAAAAACUUAUGUAGUAUGUAAAAAAAUGUUGGAUAUGAUACCGAUGUAUUUAUACAAAGCUCCUCCUUUUUAUUUUAUUUUGUGCACCAUUUAUCGGUUUAAGGAAACAUUCAUCUGUAUAACAAAAACAUGUUAAAAUGCCACUGACGUCAUGACACUAAUACGACAAGUCCAGAUAGCUGAUAUCAUAUCAUUUGCCCUAUUCAUCUCGAAGGAUUCUGUAAAUAUAAAUACAAAAAAAAAAAAUCUAUUCAGGUUAACUUUGAUUUUGUAUAAAAUGCAAUUCUGUCCAAAUUCUGAAAAUAGCUUCUUUGACUAAAUGACACUGGUUGGGAUUUGAUUUUAGAGGGUUUAGAGGUUGCAAUGGAACCUUUAGCUACAGGUGUGUAUAUUUGGGGAUUGGGUUGGGCAGCAUCUUUCCUACUAUAACUCCUAAGUGCCUCGCACAGUUAGCUGUUUGUGUCAUAGUGGAGGUGCUCGUCUACGUAAGAGGAAAUGCACUGUAGCACCAUCGGUUAAAAGGUUUUUGUCCAUUUCUUGUCAUCCAAAUAAUUUAUUUCGUUUUACAUUUUUGUUAAUGUACAACAAGCCUGUGGUCUGUUAUUUUUUUCAGAAACAAGAUUUCUGUGGCCUAGUUGAUAGUGUUCAAUAGAGCAAUAGAUUGAAUGCCUUCAUACAAACUGUAAAGGCUGCUGAUAUUAAGAAGAAAUCACAUGAUGGAACUUUUGGGUCCCCCAGAAGAACCCUCAACUGUGGUUGAAACCACUCGCUUUGCAGCCAAAAGACACAAUGAUUUGCUGUGGUUUGAACAAAAUGAGAUAUGGUAUCCUUCGGUGUUUGACAGCACUGUCCUCCUUUUGGUUUCACAUGUUUUAUUCACACUGUACUUUGCAUGUCCGUUAAAACAUUCCCAGUUUCUACAUGAAGUAGCUGUAGAAACACAUCCCUGUAGUGACACCCGGUAGUCCAGUCAGGUGUUUUUGUUCAGUCUCUUUUCAGUGCCCAUUUUAAAAAUAAUGACCUUUGCCUUCAAUGUACAGCUAACAGUUUGUCACACUGGGCACCCAGCCUUCACAGGAAUGCUCCUAAUUCAUUUGUGUGUCCUUAAGGGGUUGCUUAAUUGUGUUCUGUAAUUUCUCUCUCUUUUUUUUUUUUUUUCUUAAAGUAAAACCAUAAUACUGUACCAUAUCAUUUAAAUCUGUGAUAAUAUGUAUGGUUUCAUGGCACCAUAAUCAAAAUUAAUUAGGUGUACAUUAUCAUUAAGUCUGUAUGCAAGGCCCUACUUAAUCUUAUGGAUAUCAGUAGCUUUCACAGAAUUAAUGGAAAGUGUGAAGAGAGCAGCUGUUUGCUAUUCAAAUAAUAGCAACAAAAGGAAAACUGGAGUGAAUUGGGACAUGGAACCAAAGAUGCAUGUUAUUAUUAUUACACUUUGUUCUGCUUUUCUAGUUGGUAAUCAUCCAUAAGAUUAACCAGUGGCCCUUUUUUUAUCCCACUCUUGCAUGGAGCCCUUAACUUCAGACCUGCCUAUGAACUUUUGAAUAACACCCUAUAACAAAAGGUAGAAAUGCCUUCCACUCAACCAUAUCUGGGGUUUCAUUAGUCAAAGGAAAAGAAAAACACCAUAAUUGUGUACAGUAGAUUAUGGUGAAAUCUCUGAACUGGUAGACAAAUGCAGUGCAAUUAGGGUUUAAGUUUAAAUUUGCUCUGUAAGGGAAUAACCACAAGACCAUAUUGGUGUACUCUAUGCAUGAUUUUUUAUCAAAAUGAUGCUACACACCUAUUCUGGAUUUACUUUUCAUCAAAGUGAAGCUCUUAUUGUUUUUAUUUUUCCUUUUAUUUUUUUUGUGACUGGGUGGAAUGUGCACCUGAGGGUCUGUUGCCGAAGUGGAUGAAGCACAAUUUUAAGAACAGCCAGGAGCAGCACCGCCACAUGUUGAAAUAAGCACUUUUCCUUGGACACUUGUAUCAAUUCCCUGUUGCUACAGUUAAAGAUACAGAAUGCAUAUCUUUCUUCCUUUUGCCUUGCCUUUUUAGAACGUUUAGUGAUGAACCUAGAAGUUAAUCUACACAGUAAAAAUGCAUCAUUUAUCUGCUUUUGCUGCUUAAGUUAUGGAAGGUGCCCCUGGUGGUUAACUGUGGAAUAACUGCUUUCUGUUGGUGAUAUUGUAAAUUGAAUCAAUCCUUUUUGUCAUGACACCUUUUCCUAGGGAUGUUUUUUUGGGGACAUUUUGCAGUAGAUAAACCAAAUAAAAGUCCAUUCAUUUUCUGAUUUGACCUUUUUUGCCCCUGAAACAUCCCCUUGUUUAUGUUUACAUCCUAAUUCGGCAUGUUUUGUUUGUGUUGUCAAAUAUGGCUUUGCCCAUAGACACUUUUCUGUUUUAGUUUUCAAAUGGCACCCUAACCUGACUGACCACACUGAUAUGUCAUAUCAGUAUAGAUCAUGUUUCAUAAAACAUGGCCACACUUGUUAAAUUUGGCAUUUAGCUGAGUGGAAUGGAGUGCUCUCAUGCUGCUCGGUUUCAAAGUUGCACUCACCCUUUGUAAAGGUUGGAUGUUGCUCCCAAGAUUGAAUAAUGAACAGUUGUUGUAACUUUUGUACUCAAACGUCAGUUGAAAGCAACUGCCUCUUCACAUCCUAACUGAAUUGCCUUCGACCACUAUUUACAGUCUACAUCUAUACGAGACUACGAGCUUCUGCUUCCAGUCCUUUUGUAUUCAGGAUAUCAGGACAUUGUAAGCACAUGGCUGGCUGCGUUUUUGUGUCCUGAAAUUAAUUCAGAAGUUUGAUUGUAUGACUUUUAACACAAUUCUGUAGCCUUUAAGCUGCCAUGUGGAUUCUCGCUUCUUACGCCGACAAAGAUAAGGAAAAUGUUUAUCAGACCCCUGGCUUCAAUAAAACCAAGAAUCCAAACUUU